AUGUCUGAGGUACAAUCAAGACCAGCGCCUCGUGGCAGAGGCUCAGCUCGAGGUGGUCGUGGAGGUUUUGCACCAAGAGCUGGUCGCGGCGGAAGAGGUCAGGCAGCUAACGGCGAGAACACAUCUACUACUGCAUCAAUUGAGCAAGAUAAUACUGAAGUCAUUCAAUUAAAGAAGAAGCAUGGUAGCAAAGUUAGCACUAUCCAAGAAUUGUUUCCAGGCUGGACAGAUGAGGAUGUUGUUAUGGCUCUUGAAGAAACAGACGGAGAUCUAGAAAGUACUGUCGAGCGCAUUUCGGAGGGUACCAUCUCACAAUGGGGAGAGGUUUCGAAUAAGAAAGACCGAUCUAAGUCCAAAGCCCACGAAUCAGCUCCAUCUACUGCUCUUAACGAAAUUAACAACACUGGAAGAGCCUCCCGAGGUGGUAGAGGUGGAUUUGAUGGUAGCAGAGGACGCGGUCGCGGUAAUGACAGAGGUCGAGGUGGUAGAGCUCGUGGAGCUUCAAUUGCGCAUACAAAUGGUACACGUAACGAAACUACCGAAGUUUCUGUUCCUACAACUGAAUCUAACGCUUGGGAUACUACUGCCACUACUGAAGACACCGCUAAAGAUACCAAUGCCGAUUCUCGGGAAUCUACCAAACCUACUGAGGGCGAUAAUACCUGGGGUGCCGCAGCAACCAGUGCAGCUGUCACAACUGCCACCGCCGCUUCAACUGCAGCUUCAAGCAUUAUUCCCGAUGGAGUCAAGAAGAGCUGGGCAAGCAUGUUUGCUCCUGCACCUAAGCCCAAGAAGGCCCCAGAGCCGCCCGUGGAAAAGCCUGCAGAACUCCCUAAGCCAGAAGAACCGGUCGAAGCCCCAGUUGUUUCAGAGCCAGAGCCCUCCAUCCCUGAACCAGAGCCCGUCGAAACCCCGGAACCCGCUGCCCCAGUCGAGCCACCCGUCGAACCUGAAACUAAUGUUAAUCUCACCCCAUCAAAGGACGAAUUGACGGAGACAAACCUCGAACAAGUUCCAGAUGAAUCAGUUCCACCACCAAGUGCAACUGCUGCAAGCACAGCUGCAAGCUCAUGGGAUCCAAGAAAUGCUACUGGAAAUUCUACACCUUAUUCCGCAUUACAAGCUCAAACUUCAGCUACUGCCCGUGCUCCAACCAGUGGUUUCCAAGCUUCGGCACUAAAGGCUACUGGGUCGUCGGGUCGCACACCAAGCUUUCAACGCCGCGUCCUCGACCAGGAAGAAGCUGUUCGCAUGCCAGGUAAUCGCGAGGUGGAUAGGGCCGCUGUACAAUUUGGCGCAUUUAAUCUCAGUGGUACAAGUGAAGACGAUGUUGAUGGUGAUCGUGAAGAGCCCGAGACUAGAGCUCAACCACCACAACAUUCGCCAGUAGCCCCGAGAGCUACUUUACCUCCUGCUCCGCAACAGGCUGCACCAGUUUCCGAGACCUUGCCUACCCCAAAGCAAGCUCCUGGAUUGCCCGCAGCUACUCACCCAACAGCUGCCCCUGGACUUCCUUCCCCACAAACCCACUCUACUUCUCAAACUACAUCUCAACAAGGACCUCAAACUGCUGGUUCUCAAUUAGGUCAGUACGGUCGAUAUGGACAACCGGGAUCCCAGGAACAGUCUUCUUUGCCACAGAAGCCUUACGACGCGUUCAGCCAACAGGCGCCAAGCUCGCAAAGCCCAUUCGAAGGCUAUCCAAGUCAGGCUCAGUCUCAGCCACAACAACAAUCCGGCGCGUUUUCUUCCGCACCAAACGAUUACUCUUCAUACUAUACCUCUGAUCCGCAAAGACAAAAUUACAACAGUUACUAUCAACAGCAAUAUGGCUUGCAACAAGGCAGCCAAGGUCAACAAGAUGUUUCAGCAUCUCAAAGAUCUUAUAGUGGGUACAAUGGACCACAAAGUGAAACUUCCGGCCAACAAUCCCAAUCACGUUAUGCGACUACAGGAGAAGGUCAGAAUAGUGGACACACUACUCCUAACCCAGUAGCUCAAAGCCAACAACAAACUGGCGCUGCUGCUCAAACAACCCAGCCUCAACCAGGCCAUUCACAACAACCCCAAGGAGGUUAUCCAUAUGGACAUCCUUACUAUUCUUCCCCAUACUAUGCUACUUACAUGAACCAGUUCCAACAAUCUGGCGGCUACGGUGGUUAUGGUGGUUCUCCAUAUGGUGGUGGAAAAGGUGGUAUCCACGGUCAACCAUACCAAGGUUACAUGUCACCAGGUGCACCAUAUGAUCACACCUCUUCUCCUGCUGCUGGUGGAUUUGCUGGAUCCUCUCUUCAUGGCCGUGACUCCGCAGUUGGAGGGGGCUUGGGUGAUUAUGGCCGAGCCGGAUCAUCCCAAUCAUCGCAGACUCCACAAGCAUUUGGUGCUGGGUCCCAUGAUGCAUUUAGCCGUGGUGCUUAUCCUUCAGGUCAGCACUACAAUGCACCACAAAGCAGCCAACCUGGCGCUAGUGAUGACUUGAAGCCGUUUGGUGACUCGAAGACUGCCAAUGGACCAAGCCCAUCUUUGUCUCAAGCUGGAAGACCUGGCUCUGCUACCAAUGCUACCCCUGGGUCAGUUUUGCCACCCCCACAAUCGCAACAAGGUGGGUAUGGUGGAUACCCAAGCCAUCUUCAAGGUCAUGGACUUCACGGCAGCCAAGCUGGUAGCCAAUAUGGCGGCCUUGGUGGUGUCGGAGGUCAUCAAGCUGCUGGUCAAGGGCACCAGAGUAGCGGAUAUGGAGGCUACCAAGGUUACGGAGGUUACCAGGGGUUCGGUAACAGCCAACAACGUGGUGGAUGGGGUGGCAACUAUGGACAUUAA